GCGUUGCUGGGGGGCGGGGCCGGGCUCGAGCUCGACCCAGUUUGAAAGUGAACCAACGGCUCCAGUCGCUGCUUCAGCCUCCAAACAACAACAAGAACCCAGGAUCCAAACCCCGAGAACCGGUCCGAAGUCUGCCCCAUCCUGUAGCCGGCCCCCCUGACGAGCCGUCAGUAUGAUGCGUAAAGACGUCAACAAGCCGAAGGGGAAGACGUCGGCGUACGCCUUCUUCGUCCAGACGUGUCGAGAGGAACACCGGAAGAAAAACCCCGAGCAGUCGGUCAACUUCGCCGAGUUCUCCAAGAAGUGCUCCGAGAGAUGGAAGGCUCUGUCUCCCAGUGAUAAGAAGUGUUUCGAGGACAUGGCCAAGGCCGACAAGGUUCGCUACAACCGGGAGAUGAGAGACUACGUCCCCCCCAAGGGCUUCGGAAAGAGGGGCCGCAAGAGGAAAGACCCCAACGCCCCCAAAAGACCCCCGUCUGCGUUCUUUGUGUUCUGCAGCGAGUACCGUCCCAGUGUGAAGCAGCAGUAUCCUGGUCUGUCUAUAGGAGACUGUGCCAAGAGACUGGGAGAGAUGUGGAGCAAACUGUCCCAGUCUGAGAAACAGCCGUACGAAGAGAAGGCCCAGAAACUACGAGAGAAAUACGACCGGGACAUGGUGGCGUACCGCGGCGGCGGCACGUACGCCAGGAACCCCGGCUCUUCAGCUCAGGGAGGAGAGGAGGAGGAGGACGAGGAGGGAGAGGACGAAGACGACGAGGAGGACGACGACGAGUAGAGACGACUGGAUGAGAGAGAGAGAGUGUGUGUGUUAGAGAGAGAGGGAGACAGGUAGGUGUGUGUGUUUCAGAGGUGACAGGUCUGACAGCUGAUUGGACCAGAGCAGACAGGGGGUGGAGCUUCACUGCAGGUGAUGGUAGGGACAGGUGAGGGUGAGGUGAGCGUAGAGACGACAGGUUCGCUCCAGGUCAGGAGGUCAGGAGGUCUGACAGAGACCAUGUGACCUGAACCUGACCAGGUGAACACCAGCUGAUCCUGAGCUGCGAUGCUCCGCCCCUCUCCAGCCUGACGCCCACCUCCCAGAAUGCACUUCACCUCAGUGAUGAGGCCGGAGUUUUUAUCUUUUUAAUGCAGAGACGUUUGUGUCUCAGAUUUGAUGCUUUUAUUUUGAAAGUACCUGAAUCUGAUUGGUCAGAGGGAGAUGUCAGAUUCUCACCACUUCCUGUUAAAUUAACCAAUCAGAACAAAUUGAUCAGUGAAGUUUUCACGUCAGGAGUCGCAGAGUGUCAGAGGUCAGAGUGAUGAAGCCCAGGCUGAAAGCUCUGGCUCACUGUCGGCACGUCACAUGACCAGACUGAGGUCGCUCUGAAACACACACACAGGACCACGGAGUGAGUGUGUGUCACUGUGUGUGUGUUGCCUUUCUGUAAGUGUGUGUGGUGUGUGUGUGUGAUCAGAUGUUAAACUGUCCGACACCAGAGGAUAGUAGAGUAACCCCCCCCCCUCCUCACUGUUACCAUGGUUACCCCUGCACCCUCCCCAUCCCCACUGUCACCCCUGUGUGUUGCCAUGGAAACCCCCCGCCCCCCGCUCUUCAUCAUCAUCAUCAUGUUGUUGUUUUUAUUUUCUUACGGAGGUUU